CAGGCCUGCGAGUCUCCUCGAAGUCGUCUGGAUGAAGGUUUUUUUUUGUGAAUUUUGAUCUGUUCACUUUAUUGGGGCCUCGGGAGUGUCAAUGGAGCCCGGUCCUUUUAAUCACCACAUCAGGGGAGUGCCUACCCAUGGGGGUCGAUACAUUCAGUACAAUAUCUAUGGCAAUCUAUUUGAAGUUCCUAGGAAGUAUAUUCCUCCGAUAAGGCCUGUUGGAAGAGGAGCUUAUGGAAUUGUCUGUGCUGCUUUGAAUUCAGAAACAAAUGAAGAGGUUGCAAUUAAGAAGGUUGGCAAUGCAUUUGACAAUAGAAUUGACGCUAAAAGAACCUUGCGAGAAAUCAAGCUUCUUCUACACAUGGAACAUGAUAAUAUUAUUGGUCUUGAAGAUAUUAUAAGACCUCCUCAGAAGGAGACUUUCAAUGAUGUAUGCCUUGUUUAUGAAUUGAUGGAUACUGAUCUGAAUCAGAUAAUACGGUCCAAUGAAUCGUUGACUGAUGAACAUUGUCGGUACUUUGUGUACCAGUUGUUACGAGGGCUAAAAUACAUACAUUCUGCUAACGUUCUACACCGUGAUUUGAAACCGAGCAAUUUGUUCGUGAAUGCAAAUUGUGACCUGAAAAUUGGAGACUUUGGGCUUGCAAGGACAACUUCUGAAACUGAUUUUAUGACUGAGUAUGUUGUUACUCGGUGGUAUCGUGCACCUGAAUUGCUUCUUAAUUGUUCAGAAUACAGUGGAGCAAUUGAUAUCUGGUCUGUUGGCUGUAUAUUUGGUGAAAUUAUGCACAGACAACCACUGUUUCCUGGAAGAGACUAUGUUCAUCAGCUAAAACUUAUUACUGAGCUCAUUGGAUCACCCGAUGACUCGAGCCUCGGAUUCUUACGAAGCGACAAUCCACAAAAAUAUUUUAGACUUCUUCCUCACUUCCCCAGGCAACAGUUUUCCACUCGAUUUCCCACCAUGUCUCCUGCUGCAAUCGACUUGCUGGAGAAGAUGCUCGUCUUCGAUCCUACAAAGCGCAUUACAGUUGAUGAGGCACUGUGCCAUCCUUACUUAGCACCUCUUCAUGAUACCAAUGUGGAGCCAGUAUGUCCAAGGCCCUUCAGUUUUGAUUUCGAGCAGCCAUCGUAUACUGAAGAACACAUUAAGGAACUUGUAUGGAGAGAAUCCAUGAAGUUCAACCCGGAUCCCGCUAACUGAGGAUCAUGUGUGUGUUAUCUUUUCGAACUAGAUUUUAUCUCUUCCAAAUUUGAAUCCUUCUCAUGGUUAAAAGUGUUCGUGAUGGAUAGAAAGUUAGAUCUAGCACGAGAAUAGACGAUUCCUAGUUAAAACUUGUUCUAUCUUGAUGAUAUAUAGAAAUUUGUAACAUAAAGUUCCUUGAGAGUGUUAAGUUUGUUUCUUUAAGCUUGA